AUGAGCCAUAUGCUGACGCGUGAACACGCAUGCCUUGAUGACAUGUUUGAUGAUAUACAGGCACCUACGGGAUUUCGACAAACAGCACGGAAGGCUUUGAAGAAAUUUAGCAGUAAAAGCAGCACCCGUGCUUUUAGUGAGGAGCUGAGGCACGGCAAGCAGGACCGCAGCAGUUACCAGAUCCGCGCCUCCCGCCGUUUUGCCGCCCGUCCCCUCGGCUGCUGCCUGCCCCUGCGGGCCCCCGGGACCUCCGGCUGGGCGGCCGAGCCGGGCUGCCUGCCCGACUGGCACACGCUGUCCCUCUUCGGCGUCGGAGCGGUGCUCAUGCGGGGAGCCGGCUGCACCAUCAAUGACAUGUGGGAUCGCGACUAUGACAAAAAGGUUGCGAGGACAGCAAGUAGGCCCCUGGCAGCUGGAGAUAUCUCCACUUUUCAGUCCUUCAUUUUUCUUGGGGGACAGCUUAGCUUGGCACUUUGUGUGCUUUUGUGUCUGAAUUACUAUAGUAUCAUUCUGGGAGCGGCCUCUUUGUCUCUUGUGAUCACCUACCCUCUGAUGAAGAGAAUAACGUAUUGGCCACAGUUAGUUUUGGGACUUACAUUUAAUUGGGGAGCCCUUCUUGGCUGGUCUGCCGUCAGAGGGUCGUGUGAGUGGUCUGUGUGUUUGCCCUUGUACUUAGCUGGAGUAAUGUGGACGCUGGUAUAUGAUACCAUUUACGCACAUCAGGAUAAGAGGGACGACAUCAUUAUCGGUGUGAAGUCAACAGCAUUACAGUUCAAGGAGGAUACGAAGCAGUGGCUCAGUGGCUUCAGCCUUGCAAUGCUCCUGAGUUUGUGCGUGGCCGGAAUGAAUUGUAACCAGACGUUCCCGUAUUACUCAGCUGUGGCUGCCAUAGGGGCUCACCUAGCGCACCAGAUUUACACUUUGGACAUAGACAAACCUGAAGACUGUUGGAAGAAAUUUGCUUCGAAUCGUACUGUAGGAGUUCUGCUCUUCAUAGGGAUUGUGCUUGGAAAUCUGUGGAAACGAAAAGACUCAAAAAAUGUAGAAGAGCCUUUAGAAAACAGGUAGUUGAAAUUACUAUAAAUACUGAUAUUUUAGUCCAGCUAAAAUGUAAGUACUGUAAGAAGGAAAACACUUCUAACA